AUGCAUCCCCCGUCGGAUACCGGAUUGUGCCAUGCAUGCAUGCUAGAGGAACAGAUCCACGGGAUGGCAGCUCUCGUGUGGGCUACUAGCUUCAUGCUUGCGUUUCACAUCGGAUCGCGUCAAGACAUGCGCGCUGUCACGGCUGCGGUGUUUGGCGGGAUGCAGCCCAACGGAAGGCUACUUCGUGCGUGCUUUGGCGGUAACAGGUCCUGCGAAGGGCGUCGAGUCGGGGCGCUGAAAAGGGCCUUUCUUAAGCCUGUCGGGAUGUCCACUUGGGUGAGAAUAGCAUGGCUGCAGCCUUCUGGCGGUUUGUGGUCAUUAGUCGCUGACCAUUUGUCGCGGCUGAAUGAUCGUGUUGCCGUCUUGAAGCGAGAAUCCGAUGGUACCGAGAUCGUCCGUCACCCAAGACGGCCCAAAAAGCCAUUGUAG